AAAAGUAAAGCAAUAAGUGAGACAGUAUGUAGUGAUGUCUUCUACUAAGUGCAGUGAUAAAGUAUGAUUAUCAAAAUAGUUGAAAUUCUGUUUUCCUCGUGCAGUCGAAUGGUUUCAUUGCUUCAUAAAUCAAUUCCCGAUGGCACCGGCCGGACGUUGAGCGUGCCGAACGACGAACCUUCUGGCCACACGAUGGUGUCUUCCGUCACGGACCGCACGGAUGUGGACCAUACUGCCCCGUCGACAACGGUGGAAUCGUUUGCCGAACGCUGCCUCGGAUGUGCGAUGAGCUACGGCGGAACAACCCAGUCGGCGGCGACAACGGUGGCGACAGUACGGGGCAACUGGACCUGGAGCUAUCUUGACGGAUUGGCGGCGGCGGAACAGCAGCACCCCAAUCUUACCGCCCCCCAGUACGACACACUCGACGCGCCGGAUGACUUCCCACAGUACGAAAUUGAUCCGGCGUAUCAGCUACGGUACAGCAUCCUCGGGACCGUGCUACUGACUGUGGCCUAUGCGCUCGUGUUUAUCGUUGGCCUGCUCGGGAACAUUUCCGUCGUGAUCGUCGUGAAGAAAAGCACCAUGAUGCGGUCGCCCACCAAUCGAUUCAUCGUCAAUCUCGCGUACGCUGAUUUAUUGGUCAAUUUUCUCUGCCUGCCGUUUACGCUGAUCGGAAAUCUUUAUCCAGCCUGGAUCUUGGGGGUGUUCUUCUGCAAGGGUGUAUCUUAUCUGCAAGGUGUUUCCGUUUCCGCUUCCGUCAACACGCUGAUGGCGAUCUCCAUCGAACGUUGCUUCGCGAUAUCGUUCCCCAUUUCGGGCACCAUUACGACCAGACAGUAUCGGUUGAUUGUGACCAUCAUCUGGUUUAUAGCGCUGAGCAUUAACCUGCCCUGGCUGUUCGUCUUCACGCUACGUCCCAUUGGUAUUCCCGGAAGCAUAGCACAGAUCUGCACGGAGCUGUGGCCGACACCGGCAUCGGAAAGUUGGUACUUUCUGUUCGCCAACCUGUUCUUCUGCUACCUCGGUCCACUGAUUGUGAUAUCCAUCUGCUAUGUCAUCAUCUGGAAGAAUGUGGCGUACCGAAAUCUACCCCGCGAGAUGAUUAUAAAUCGUAAAAAUGAGGUCUUCAAUCGCAGCAAAGUAAAGGUCAUUAAGAUGGUUUUCGUUGUGAUCAUCACCUUUGCCAUCUCGUGGUUGCCUCUGUACGCCAUCUUUUGCUUCGUCAAAUUUGCCGGAGAUUUAGUGUACGAUGAAGCGGUCCAAUCGUUCAUUUUAACCAUUCUCCCGGUUGCCCAGUGGCUCGGUGCGUCCAACUCGUGCAUCAAUCCGAUACUGUACGCGUUCAUGAACCGUAAAUUUCGGGCCGGCUUUAAGAAGCUUUUCCACAGCUGCUGCACAGCUGACGAGGACGAUUGGGAUCUGCCGACCACGGUGGGCCGGCUGGAGGAGAAAGAUAUGUACCUACGAAGGGUGCGUUCCUUUAACAAUGGGAAGCAACACCAGACGCUACUGCACUACGGCCGGGAGCACUGCGCAACGCUUCGUGUACCGCUGUCAACCCCAGCAAUCAAUGUGCCAAAUGGUGGGUCACGGAAUUGA